UUUUUUCGUUCGCGAACUGUCAACAAAAAUAUGCGCCUCUCCUUCGCUUCGCAUCUUGUUGGUGAAACCGUGUUCGAAAAGUUGGAUCGCCAGUGCGGAUACUGUGCGGCGGAAGAGUGACUGGUGAAGCAGGGGAAGAACGAUUCGCUGUGAAUAUCGACGAGGGGGAGUAGCGCGAGCACGUAUUCCUUCAAAUACACAUCGCAUCGCGAAGCAGCAGCAGACCGCGAGAAAAAGACCCGCCGAACUGGACUCAAGUUGUCAGCUCUGGCUUCGUUUGACGGACAUUUUUGCAUAAAAAGUGCGCUUUUCGAGACGGUCUAGCGUUUGCGGGAGUGGUCGGAUCGGAUUCAGAAAAGUGUCCGGUGAUAGUGCGGAUUUUUCGCUUUUAUUAGACGUAAAAAUUGGAAAAAUCGGUUACGGGAUAGUGGUGGAAAAGCUUGCUAGAAAAUCGUGAUACUGCAUGGGGUGCGCUUUUUGCGGAUCGCCAUUUUGAACGAGAUUUGGUUUUGUGUGGCGCUUUUGGGAUUGAAAUUACUGCGGUGCGGUUUGUGAAAAGUGGUCUUUUUGGGAAGUUGGAGUUUACCUCCAGAUUGUGGGGACAGCAGGAGUGAGGUUUUUCACGUUUCGAGGCAGAGGGUGGCCAAUUGCCAGGGUCCGCUAGGAUGGCCCACCAGAACAAACCGGUCAGCAUCGUGAUUCAGGAUCCCAAUGGUCAACAACAAGUGCUGCAUGUGAUGCAAACGGCAUCAACUACUGGUCGCCCGCUGACGUCGGCUAGCGUCAAGACAAUCGUCAAAGAAGUGACCGGUCAAGAUAUUACAGGACAGACUUUCGCUACACCUGUUAUGCACAAGCUUGCACCAGGCCAGAAGUUCGUUACAGUUAAUAACCCAAAAUUGCAGAUUGUGAACUCACAAGCAGUUAAAAGCGUCAACGGUAAACCACUGGUUCGAAUCUCACCACAACAAUUGGGACAGUUGAAACUGAUUUCGGCUCCUGGACAGCUCGGGGGAACGCCUAUUGUCGGUAAAAAUCUCACCGCCAUGCUGGCUCCCUCCUCCUCGAUGACGACUACGAUGACUUCGGCGGCUACAGCCCACAUGCCAUCAUCGUCUUAUAUGAACACAAAUCAAAUGACCAGCACUUCAACGUCGGUCCUGCCGACAUCGUAUGUACCCCAACCACAAACCUCUACUGUGGCGGCCACAUCCUCCCACAGCAACGCUAAAGGAUCUCAAUACCAACACCAAAACCAGCACCAGCUACAACACCUCCAGCAACCACAGUACAACUAUGGCAAGAAAGCCACCGCAACCACAUCCGCUGCUACCAGUCAGAUACACACUCCCGCUUCGCGACGGAGAAAGACCGACAAGAUUGGCCGCGGUUUGCGGCACUUCUCGAUGAAGGUCUGCGAAAAGGUAAAGGAGAAGGGCAAAACCACAUACAACGAAGUAGCCGACGAGUUGGUCGCUGAGGAAACUCAAAGCCACCCGGGCGUCGAUCCGGCCUCGUACGAUCAGAAGAACAUCCGCCGGCGGGUGUACGAUGCACUGAACGUCCUGAUGGCCAUGAACAUCAUCUCCAAGGAGAAGAAGGAAAUCCGCUGGCACGGAUUGCCAACCAGUAGCGGGCAGGAGUGUGACGAUCUGGAAAAGGAAAACGAGAAAGCCCGAGAACGCAUCGAGCUGAAACAGCAGCAGCUGCGUGACCUGAUUCUGCAGCACGUGGCGUACAAAUCGCUCGUCGCACGGAAUCAAGAGAACGAAGAUCGAGGUCUGGUCCCGAAUCCAACCUCUGCCAUUCAGUUGCCAUUCAUCAUUGUAAAUACAGAUAAAAAGACUCACAUUAACUGUAGUAUUUCCAACGACAAAACGGAAUUUUCAUUCAAAUUUGAUAACACGUUCGAGAUCCAUGAUGAUCUUGAGGUGCUAAAACGAAUGGGAUUAUUGCUAGGUCUCGACAAAGGAAAGUGCACUGUCGAAGGCAUUUCCAAAAUCAAGACGAUGGUACCGAAGUCUUUGGAGAAAUAUAUUGAAGUUUAUGGCCUUGGUAUGGAGAAUGAAACUGAAGACUGGGAAAUGAGUUCGACCUACACGGGUGGCGGUGCAGACUACGAUGACAGCGUCCAAGACGGUACCGAUCUGCUGUCCAGUUAUCAGGACAGUGAACUCAACGAAGAUGAUUUAAUAUCCGAGGAUGGACAGGAUGCUUAGAGCAAUCUCCAUUUGACGUUGAAGAUGUGUAAUUACGCCUAAUGUACCGCGUAAUAUUGUCAUCGCGACACGCUCCUUUCCGGUAGAUAUCCGAAAAAUUCGGAUAUUAGAUGUACUGGAUGUCAAGGCCUAUUAGCGCAUGCGCCCCCUUAUUUGAGCGUCCGUACAGUGAUAGGCAGGAGAUGGAUUUCGUUUUUAUUGAUUGAUUACUUUGUAUUUUAUAUCGGAUUCUGUUCAGCAUCAUUCUUAGCUAGGAACACAUAUUCUUCGGGAAGGAGAACCGCAAUGGAAUGCGCAAUCAGAGUAGGAAACAGCAUUUGAGAAAAGCAAAAGGAAUGCAGCAUGGCUCCAAGACUGCAGGGGUUAGAAAUAAGACACGCAACUAAAAAAUGCAUAGUUGCUGUGAAGAGCUUGUAUAGCAGUCUUUAUAUUUCAUCAAUUACAAGCAGAAAUAUUACUAAUAAGUAAAAGUGCAACACACACAAGAAUCGUUAUUGUUAGUAAUUAUAACCUGAUAAAUGCUCUUCGUUGAGAAGAACACUCCGGCAUGAACUAAAUGCAUGUGCACUAAAAUAUAAGUAUGCACAGUUGUUUCUAUGAUACUAUAACGGGAUGUGCUUGAUUUACUCGUUAGAAGAGUAGGAAAGAAGCAAUGAUUAAUCCGAAGGAAGAUAUGUGUCGGAAAAACUAGUUAAUUAUCUAAUGCACCGGAGAGUACAGACAAAAUAUUCACAUCUUACUUGCUGAAUAACCAUCAAAAAUGUUUAGAAUAUGUGAAAAUGUAGCGUGAACGCCGAACAAAGUUUGCAACAAGCACUUAAUGGGAAACGUAACAGAUUCGAAUCGAAUCAGAAAUACACUGAUUCGCGCAGAUACACGCAUCUCAUUUGAAUACCAGAAAACAUCUCAGGCUAUUAUUUCUGUCUACAAUCAAUUAAUCAAAAGUAAAGUUUUGCAUCAACCAGUUUCAAAAGUCAGUAUGUAGUAACUACCGUGGUGCAGAAGUCUAUAACGUCAACCCGUAAGUGUCAUAUUUUUAUCAUAUACUUUUUUCUCACUUUCCCAAAAAUCCAUUUCCAUUAUUUGCAACCUAUGAAAAGACAUUUCCCUCUCGCUUAAGCCACGCUUUUUGAUAGUAUCGCGCCGAAAUUGCCAUUACUACCCAACUUGUUCUUAUUGUAGAUACAUGAUAAAUUGAUCCUCUACAAUGUGUUUCCUCUAAUCGAUCGCAAGUAACAACACAUAAUAAUAUGUAGAUUGAACCUAUUCGGAAGCAUAACGGCUUGCGAGUCGAACAACUUUAGUAGAUUUGUUCACUGCGGAAUACAAACAACCUAUAACUUGCUGACAGAAACCUAACUUUGAAAGUUUUUAUAUCUGACACAAGACUAACCCUCGAUAAAAAUAUAAGCGUUAAACAUUUCCCCUAUUAUGUUAUUCUUUGAUUAAACAUUGCUUUUUCUUAUUAUUUUUAAAUUUGCAUAAUGAAUAAGAAACAAUGGUGAAAGAAAACUUAAACAAACCCAAAGUACGUUUUGUUUUUGUUUAAUUUUAAUAGUUUUUAUAUUUUUCAGACCUUAUUUUUUGCUACUGAUAUUGAGAAUGACUAUUUGCACUGAUUAUCACAAAAUAAAUUAAGAUGCGUGCACCCUUAAUAUAUACUACAUAUUAUAUGUGGAACGAAUAAAGCCUAUGUGUAAUGUAAAAUUAUAAAUUUUUCAUUUCUUGAGCAAAGUUUUAAGUUUCAUUCUUUAUGUUUUAGCGAUGUAACUCAUGAAGGUAAAACUAAUGAUGAAAUCUGACAUUAAAGGUAUAGCAGUAGUUAACCAA